CCUCCGCCUCCCAGUACCCUCAGCUCCCGGCCGGACCCUCCCUCCUUUCCACCACGUGUCCCUCCCUCCCUCUCUCCCGAAGGGGACGUGAGGACGGAUAAGAGGGAGAGGAUCCGUAGGACCGACGGAGGGAGAGGAGGAUGGUACCGUGACCCUCCCGACUUCGCCCCCACCUCUCCAGACACCCACUCUCACUCACGCCCACCCUCCCAACGUCCGCCCCCGCCCAGUGCGUGCUGUCUCGUCCUGCGCCUAGAGCCCCGCGCCCUGCGUCCUGCGCCCCGCGCCCUGCGUCCUGCGCUCCGCGUCCUGCGUCUUGCGACAUGGAGUCCACCACCUUCCCUCUUCCUUUUCCCCUGAAAGAAGAGGAAGAAGAAGAAGAAAUUCAGACCAAGGAAGUAGAAGAUGGACCCAUGGAUAUGCAGAGAGUGAGGAUCUGUGCAGAAGGUGGUUGGGUACCAGCCCUGUUUGAUGAGGUGGCCAUAUAUUUUUCUGAUGAGGAAUGGGAAGUUUUAACUGAGCAACAAAAGGCACUCUACCGGGAGGUCAUGAGAAUGAAUUAUGAAACCGUACUUUCCCUGGAAUUCCCAUUUCCUAAACCAGACAUGAUCUCUCAGUUGGAAGCAGAGGAAAGCCCUUGGGUUCCUUACCCUCAGAACUCUGAGGAAUGGAAACUCCAAGGAGGUUCUUUCACAGGGAAUGAAGAAUCUGAUCUAAAGCAUCCAGAAUGGACCCCCCCACUGAAUAUCUCUCCUCAUUUUCCCCAACCACAGCAUCUCGAAAACUUCGCUUUCCAUCUGCCCCAGGAUAUGCCAGAAAUGUCCGAAUGGCCUGAAGGGUACCCAUUCUUCAUGGCCAUGGGUUUCCCAGGGUAUGAUCUGGGGAUAGAUGACAUAGCAAGUAAGUUUCAGCUGAGUAGGGGUAUCCGCCGGAGCUACGAUGCAGGCUUCAAGUUAAUGGUUGUGGAUUAUGCAGAAAGUACUAAUAACUGCCAGGCUGCCAAGCAGUUUGGUGUGUUGGAGAAAAAUGUCCGUGACUGGCGGAAAGUGAAGAUGCAACUCCAGAAUGCCCAUGCAAUGCGACGUGCUUUCCGAGGCCCCAAGAAUGGAAGGUUUGCUCUGGUGGACCAGCGGGUGGCUGAAUAUGUGAGACAGAGACAGGCCAAAGGAGACCCAAUCACAAGAGAGGCAAUGCAGCUCAAAGCCUUAGAAAUAGCCCAGGAAAUGAAUAUUCCUGAAAAGGGGUUCAAAGCAAGCUUGGGAUGGUGUCGUAGGAUGAUGAGGAGGUAUGAUCUCUCUUUGAGACAUAAAGUACCUGUGCCCCAGCAUUUGCCUGAGGACCUGACGGAGAAACUCAUCACUUAUCAGCGUAGCAUCUUGGCCCUGCGAAGAACACACGAUUACAUGGUUGGGCAGAUGGGGAAUGCUGAUGAGACUCCAAUCUGUUUGGAGGUACCAUCUCGUGUGACUGUAGACAACCAAGGGGAAAAGCCUGUUUUGGUGAAGACCCCAGGCAGGGAAAAACUGAAAAUUACAGCAAUGCUUGGUGUCUUAGCCGAUGGAAGAAAAUUGCCUCCAUAUAUCAUUUUAAGGGGAACAUAUAUUCCCCCUGGAAAGUUCCCCAGUGGGAUGGAAAUUCGCUGCCAUCGCUAUGGUUGGAUGACGGAGGACUUGAUGCAAGACUGGUUGGAGGUGGUAUGGAAACGUAGGACUGGAGCAGUGCCGAGGCAGCGGGGGAUGCUGAUCCUAAAUGGCUAUCGAGGCCAUGCUACUGAUUCUGUUAAAAAUUCCAUGGAAACUAUGGAUACCGACAUGGUCAUCAUCCCAGGAGGCUUGACUUCUCAACUACAAGUGUUAGAUGUGGUAGUCUAUAAACCUCUGAACGACAGUGUGCGUUCCCAGUACUCAGAGUGGCUCCUCGCUGGCAAUCUUGCUCUCAGCCCAACUGGGAAUGCCAAGAAGCCUCCCCUUGGCCUGUUUCUAGAGUGGGUCAUGGUUGCGUGGAACAGCAUCUCAAGUGAUUCCAUUGUCCAGGGAUUCAAAAAGUGCCAUGUCUCCAGCAGCAUGGAUGAUGCCGACGUCCUGUGGGAAUUAGAGGGUGACUUGUCGGGAGGAGGUGAUCCCCCAAGAGAAGGUGAAGCUAACAGCAUGACUGAGAGCAACUGAAGCAAAAGUUAAGGUGAUACAUAAAUGAACAGUGCCUUUCUUAGCUGAUAUGUUCUUGUUUCACAAAUUGCCAUUCCCCUUAUGAUCUUCAGUGGGUAGAUGGUAGGCUAAGGACAUUUUCUCCUUUAUAUGGGGGGUUGCUGAAUUUUUUUUUAUUUCAUGCCCCAGGAGGACUUUUAUAAUCAAAAUGAACAAUAAGUAAACCACCAAAACAGAAGUCACAUUGAAAUAAAGCAUAUUGGCUAAAAACAGCAGAGAAUGUUAUUUAGUUAAAACCAAAAGUCUUAAUAAUGGAAACUUAUGAAAGCCAAUUUUUUUCCUCUCCUUUAAAAUAGAACUCAAGAAACUGUGAUAAAUUUAUGUUCUUUGGGUGUCUUAAAAAUACCACAAACUUUCAAAGGCUUGUGUAGAUGUCGGCAGAAAGCCAAAAUUUAGUUUGACUUCAAUGAAUAUGAAAUCUAUGCUUCAAUAACUGAAUUGAGUUAGUUUUCCCACAAUUAGGGGUCUUUUAUCUGUGAACUACUGCAGCUCCACUUGGGAAUCCCAUUUGGUAGUCAUGGAUUACGGAUUUCCUGUAUGCAUGGCACUAUGCAAGUCCCUCAGGGAUAUAGAAAAUUUAAAUAAAAACAGGGUCUUUGCUUCUUGAGAGCUUACUGAAUAACUAAUCCAAUCGCUGUUCUCUAAAAUAUUUUUAAAAAUCAUUUUGUUAAUCACCACAGUGAUGUAUUCAAGGAACAGGUGUUGAAUAACAGGGAUUGCCUGUGAUUUACAGGUAUAUCUGAACCGACAAGCAAGAAAAAAGCAAGUUGUGACCAAGAGUUAUGUGAAAGGACUUUUUAAAUUCAAAGGUUGUUUUAAAUGUCAGGUAUUUUUCUUUUCAACAAGGGCAGCUAUGAGUUCAGGUUGAGAUUACAAAUCUUCAAGGAUUAUUUGAAUGAGGAAGAGCUGAAAUUCCAACAGGCAUUGACUUAAUUUUACAGGAAAUGGAGAGUAGGACACAGUGGGAGACUGCCCCCAGAAGGGUGAUUCUUAUUACCUUCUGAAAUAAAAGCAGAGAAGAAUUAUACUGAGACACAAUUUAUUGUGUUCUCGUCCCACAUCAGAACAAUUUGAAGCCAAGGACAAUCCCACUUUAAAGGGGAAUGAAACAAUAUUGAUACUUGAAAUGAUACUGAUAUAGUGAUACUUAUUAAACUUCUUCAGAUAUUCAAACUUGUCCUACUUGGUAUCUCCAAAUUAAAUACAGAACUAUUUCCACCUACAACUUCCCCCCCCCCCCCACUUUAAACUGUGUGGAACAGUAACCCAUUUACCUAGAACAGUAAAAUUUUAUGUCAGUGAACUAGUGAAAAUCGGAUUAUAGGUUUAGGGUAAGUGGUCUCUAGACCCUUAAAAGUUCCAGGGGGAGAUAUCUGGCUUUUUAAAAAACACUUUUGGAACUUUUGUUCUUAUAUUAUUUAUCUAAAUAUGUACCAUAACACUGGUCUUGUAAGUUCAGUCUGUCUUGCCGUCAUCCUUGCUUUCCUCUUCCUGGGAGAACAUAUUCCUAGGAUUGUCAGACUCUGAAGCAGGUCUUGGUUCUUUCCUUUUCCUUUUAGUUGUAACUAAUUUUGGUCAUAAUUUUCUGAGAUGAUCACAGCAAUGACUAUCUAUCUUUGCACAACUACGAGACUUGAUAUCUAUUAGAUGGACAGGAUCCAUCCUUUCCCGGGGGUGAUUUAUAGUUAGACAAAGCAGAGAAUCAGGGUAUAUAUAGUGUCUUUGUUAAGUGUGAUUCAUGAGUUUUUCACCCAUCUAGACUUUUGUUAUUUCUCAUCACAUUUGCCAUUCUUUUCUUUGAAUUUAAGAAAACAAUGGAGGGGGAAGGGGGCAAAAGAGAGAAGAUGUUAAGAUGUGGAAGAAUUUUACCUUUUCCUACAGCACCAUUUUGAAGGUCUGACCAUGAUUUUUUAAGGAAAAAAAAAAAUCAUGAAGAACUUUGAUCGCAGUUUACUUUUCUUCCAAAACCAAGGACUGAUUUAUGCUUGGAUUCUCUCUUUAUUCCAGCAAGUGGAACUGUGAAUGGAAACAACUGAGGAAGAAUAUCCUCAGCAAGGUUCCAGGGAUGCAGAUGCACAGGAAACAUCAGGAAAAUGCCAAGUUGGUCAGAGAAGCCUGGUAAGAUGAGCCACAGGUGCAUCCCCUCCCAAGAACACAGCCCUUCCCCUCAGGAGAGACAUUUUCAUGAGCUUGGAUGUGGAAAAGAAAAACUGAGCUUCUGUCCUGUCUGUGGCACUGUCUUGAAGAUUAUUCUGUGUGCCCACCAGAAGCAGUCUGUAAAUAUCAUGGGUGACAGAGGCAUUUCAUGGAGAAAGGCCCAUUUGUGCAUCACCAGAAACAACACAUAGGAGACAAGCCCUACCACUGUCCUUUCUGUGGGGAAAACUUCAAUAUGAUUUGUUUUAUUCCGCCUUUGAGAAUGUUCCCCCAAUGCCAUCCCACAUAAGUCACAAGUGGGGAGGCAGUUCUGUAGAUGCAUGUAGUUAUCACUUAGGAUUUCUUCUUGAUAUGUUUUCCUCUCUUACUGGAAAAACCAGAUACUGUUAAUGGCAAGAUAAAGACAGACAUCCUGAACUGGUGCCAGCAGAUCAAAUGCUUCUAUAGGCGGUUAACUAGGUUAGGAUGGAAGAUAUAGGAUAAAAUAGAAUAUUCUGUACUUAUAUACCCUCCCAAAUUAGCAGGCAGCUAGACAUUUUCUAGUCUCAAACAUUGACUCCUGAGUAUUUUCUCCAUUAUAUUUAAAGCUAAGGUGGUAAUCAAUACGGAGGCUAUUCAGGCUGCCAGCAAUAGUUCCCAUAAAUUAUCUACUGUCUAUGAUACAAAGUCCAUUUUACUUCUCUGUUACUCAUUUUGCUAGUUUCUUUAAUAAGUGUUAUCUUUACAAGGGCAGUGAAGGGACUUGGACCUUUGGCCACUGCCAUUUGGGAACUUCAAUGUAACAACUCCACCUCUAUAAAAAGAGGUGGGAUUUUAUUUUUACAAUUUUUAGAGAUUUUCGUUCCCACUUAGUGGAGGUAGGAAAGCUUUUGUUUAAAGCUGUCUAUCCCCUCACCAACGUAUCAUGGACAAAGCUACAAUUAGAAAUGCUAAUUCAAUACCAAAUCAGUGUAUCUAAAUACCAGUUACCUUUUUCUUGCUGUUUUCUCAGCUCACUUUUCCACUGCUAGUAAACCGCUCUUGCCUUCCUAAAAUCCCUAUUUCUGACCAGGGACUCAGGUUCUCUACAGGGACAUAACCUUUCGAAUGCCUUUUUCACUUAUUUUUCUACCAGAACCAUGGUGGAUCCAAUUCAGUCUAACUUCUUUCUGCAGGAUAAACGACAUUUGACUAAAUUUCAUUAUCUUCCUUUGAACUGCAUUUUUGCAGAAGUGCUUCUCUUCCCUAGAAUAACUCUACAUUCCCCUUAACUCUGUUACUUGAACUGGCUUCCAGUUCCAAUCUCUUCCAUAUGUCCCUUCCAAUCUUAGCUAGUCUUGUCCCUUAUCCCCCCCACACACACUUUAUGUUACCCUAAAUCAUCUGUAAUUGAGAGGUUAUCUUGUACUGGGAGGGUUCAAGAAUUUUGUGACCUAAAUUUCAGGAUCAUGGGUUAGAGGUUAGCUAAUUUUUUUUUCCACUGGGAAAGCUGGGCAGUGAAUUUAAUCAGCACUUGUUUCAUUCUGUGAACAAUCCCUUCCAUUUCUUCAUUUGCAUCUUUUGGUGGUGGUUGUUCCAAAGUUAUGAUUUCCCUGGUGCAGGGGAUUGCCCCCAGGGCAGCUCUCUUUGCCAGUGCAGAUCUCAGAGAGUGACUUGCCCAGGUCGCACAGCCACAAUUGGCCAGCUCUCUACACCACACUGCCUCUCAUCUGCAUCUGACAGGGUGCAUCAUACCAUAGAAUUCUCCUAGAGUAACAGUUCUAAUGUCAGGGUUUCCCGGGGCUCACAUGUUCUUCCACUGAUUUAAUUAUGAUCUAUGCCUCAAAGCCCCAAUACUUUUACAGAACUAUUACUUAUAAUGACUGUAGCACAUAUUUGUUUUCCUGGACUCAGAAUCAAAGAUAGCUGAAAUAGAAGGUAGGUAGAAAUUAACCCCAACAAUAAAAUUUGAUAAUAAAAAUAAA